UUUUCUUCGAGGAAUACCUUAUAAGCUUUCAGAAGCCAGCCACUUAUGAUAUUGACAUUUUCAUAUAGACUCUGAUAAAACGCUUGAUUAUACCUCAUUCUUCGUUAAAACGCGUCGUAGAUACAUUGUUUUUCGAUUCUUUCGUUAAUGUUGUAAACAUUUAACGCUUUCAUGGACAUACUUUUUAUUUAACACGUUGUAAAGUGCUCUGUUUUUUUUUAUUUCUCUUUUCUCUGAUUGUCAAUUUUCUAUUACAGUGCUGUGUCACUUCAACCAAUUAAUCUCAUUGAACUUGAAAGAUUAAAUACUGCUACCGAUGAUAUCAAUAAGCUCGAAGUUGAUUUGGAUGAAGCAAGAGCAACAUUUAGGGAAUUACUUUGUGAAUCUACUGUAAAAAUUAAUAGCUUAGCUAAGAAACUUGGUACUUGUAUCGAAAAAUCUAGACCAUAUUAUGAUUCCAGGUUUAAAGCAAAAGAAGCUUUACAAGAAACGCAAAAAGCUGCUAUUAGAUUCGAAAGAGCUAAUAGCCAGCAUGCAGCAGCUAAAGAAAUGGUUUAUUUAGCCGAAGAAGGGUUAAGAACCGAAGGCAGAUGUUUUGACCAUGCUUGGCAGGAAAUGUUAAACCAUGCAACUUCCAGAGUUAACGAAUCUGAACACGAAAGAGCUUUGUCAGAAGCAGAACACAGACAUACCACUACAUUGUACCAUAAAGCGGAACACGAAGUUCAAAGACUGCAACGUGACUUGAAACGUGCAAUUGCGAAAUCUAGUAUGGGUGCACGUCGCAGCUUGCUUCUGAUAAACAGUAUCGCCUACAGGCACAACUUGCUCAUGUUGCCGUACUAUGAAAUGAAAGCGCAUUUUAAUCAAAUGUUGGAAGAGCAAAAAUUAAGAGUAAGCGCGCUAGAGAGAUCAGUGGGUGAAGCUAAAAUGACCUAUGCAGAAGCACUGAGAAAUUUAGAAAAAAUUAGCGAUGAAAUUCAUAGGACUAGAAGAUACGAUGGAACGGAUGAAUUCGAUAAACAUUCGAGAAACACGGUUGAUCAGUCUGUUACAAAUCCUAAUGCAACAAAUUCAACAGACUCUAGCCUGACUGGGUCACCUGAUAGUACAGAUUAUACUAGCGAUGAAUAUUUACGCCUUCCUGAUAAAUUGAGUCCUAAUACACCAUGUCCUGUGCUUACAAGAAUUAACAGAGAACCUUCUUCUGAAUUUUUGGGCCUAAACAACUUGAAUCUCUCAUCCACGGAACCUCGGAAGUACAUAAAGCGAGACCGUCCGAAAAGCAUUGCGACAACAGACACAAAACAUAUCAUAUCAUUAAAUCAAACAAGUUCUUCGACGUCACGAUUGUCAGACCUUUCGAGUAUUAUUUCGCCUAUAGAAAAACGAGUGACAAUUAAAACGCCGGUUGAAACAAAUAAUAGUAAUACUACCAUACAAAAUGGAGAAGAGUGGACAGAAAUUAGUUUAAACAAUUCCCCUGAUGAAGUUUACUACAAUAAUGUAGUGUAUUCGGAUGAAGAGGAUCAAAUUCCUUAUAAACCGUUGCCGAUGGAUCUAAGUCCAGAAAGUAGUAAUCCAACGUUUAGUAGCGCAAGCAUUGAACCAUUCGGUGAAGGGUCUAGUCGAAGAAAAUUAGUAACUCAAAAAUCGCUACCUGCUAUGCCAAAAGGAAAUGAAGUUACUUUGAGUGCUGAAAAGAAGGCGGAAGUCACAAGGAGUCCGUCGACAAAAAGUAAGAGUAAGCUCGAUACUAGUUUGGCUAACUGGAUAACUCGGAGUUCAGCUGGUAGUGAUAUCAGUGCAGAUAGUACAGCAAAUUCAAGUAGAAGACAAUCUCUUGACAUGUUGUGGAGUGCUGGAACUGGAGAGCGCGUUAAAGAAUUACUCAAUCAUGGGAUGAUGAUGCUGAACAUAUCUAGCUUGACGGAGCGACAUUCUAGCGAACCAAAAACUGUCGAGAGAGAUAAGGAGAAGUUUGAAAAAUCCGAGAAAGUAGAGGGAAAAGGAAAAAAAGUUCCAAGCCCGCUAGAAAAAACACUAACUUAUCUAUAUGUUGAUGAAGAGACGUCAGAUAGUGAAAGCUUGGCAAGUAGUGUGGAAAUGUUAACGGAGGAUCAAAUUUCUUCGCUAAUGAUGGAACCUGAUAUGAAUCAAGUAUGCCAAGAAAUCUUAGGAACUCCUCUAGUCGAAGUAUGCCCAUUGCUACAACAAUUACAACAACAACAAUAGUACUCCUGUUUUCGACGAUAUUGAUUCCAUUGAAUUGAUACUAUACAACAAUAGGAAGUGUUCAAAAACUACGAUAAAGGAACGAAUUAGUUAAGGUAUAGCUUUAUUUAUAAUUAAAUUUAUUAUGCAAUUAGUUUCUGCACAUUUAUUACUUGCGUAGAAAAGAAAGAUUUAACAUUUGGAUAUGAAUCAUUUGAUCGAUCCAGUGUCAACAUCAUUUGUAACGUUAAGACAAAUUUCCAUACAUUAUAAUUACGCUCCAAUUGAACUAGAGAUGAUUUGUACAUAUUUAAUGUUAGUAGAAACUUUUAAUACAAUAUAUAAAUAUGUGAUUAUAAUCAAUGUGUUAGAUGUAUCUUGAAGCCUAACAAGUCUUUUGGUCCAUAUAUUCAUAAAAACAUUUUAAUUGUUGCGUAGGACAGUAAAUACCAUUCCACUAAAUUCAUUUGACACAUUGUAUCUAGUAUACAGUGGAAGACUUACUCGGUAAGAGAAGCAAUACCUAGGGAAUCUUAGAUAGUCGUACUAUUCGUAGAAAAUGAUUAUUUAUUCAUCUCACUCGUACCUAUCGUACUCAUUACUACGUAAGAAUAAUAAAAAAUCGAAUUUUUCCAUGGAUUACUAACAUUUCACUAUUUAAAAACUUUUUUGUUUGUCUGUGUUAAAAGUACAACUAUAUAAGCAAUUCGUUUUUAUAUUGCUGUGAGUGCAAGAGCAAUGCCAGUCGAAAAUUAUAAGUAUAAUAGAUAUUAUAAUCUUGAUGAAGUUAUAUGCUCUUCUUCGAAUUGCUAAAUAGAAAUUGUUUAAGUAAGGUAACAUUAUUCUAAAUAGACAAUUGGCGGCUUCGACAAAUGUACUGUUUCACAUACCAAGCGUUAAUAUAUUUACCAAUUGUAAUAGUGUUCAUCUGCCAAGCUCAGCAAAACAUUUUGAACAAAUCUUUCCUCAACUUUAAUGAGAUAUAUAGAUAAUAUUUAUCGAUUAAGGACCUUGUAGUUGUCAAGAUAGUAUUUCAAAUAUAAUUAAUAUAUUCAAGUAAUUAUCAUACGUGAAUUUAAACAAUCCAACUAUAAAUCAGCUUUAACAUCGAUAAUUGACAAACAUUUAAUUCUUCAGAUAAUUCAUAACUUAUUUUUAAUUUUAAAUCAUUUUUAGUGUAUCGUAACACUGCAUAAUUACGUUAGCACUUUUAGAUAUUGAGUUGGGUUGUCUAAUUACAGAAACAAAACUAUUCAAACGAAAGAUGCAUGUUAUAUGCCAUUUAAAAAGAGUAAUAUAUACAUAUAUACACAUGUAGAUAUUAUUUAUUUUUAUCAUAUAAUUUUCUGUAAGUAAAUUUACGUUUGACAAUAUUUGGAAUAAGAUAUCGAAACAUUUUUGUGUGAAAAAGUCUCAAAUCAAAUAAAUAUAUGGUUUCUUUCAUUACGUAUAUAGAAAUCUAUACCAAAGAUAAAUGAAGUGCAAUUUGAUAGCAAAGAAAUAAAAUGAGAAUUUUUAAUAGUUUUAUAUGAUCAAGUGAGUUCAUUUGUAUAUCGAUGCAUCAGCAACUAAUUUAAAGUGGAAAAUGUGAUAGCAUAGUAUAUUUCUUUUUUUUUUUAAGAUUUUAAAAUAUUUCCUUAUAUGAAUAUAUAUGUAUACAUAUACAUACAUAAAUUGUACAAAAGUCACAGAAAUUUAUACCUUCUAACAAAAAAUAUUUUUUUAGAACUAUCAUUUUUACAUUUUCUUUAAAAAAUUCGAUAAUAAUUGAUUUUAACCGUCUCAAUUGUUUAACAGAAGAAAUGCCAAUGUGAUACAGUUGCGUGAUUUUAUAUAAAUCAUAUGACCGAACAAGAUUUUUCGCGCGAAGUUCUUCAACUCUAUAUUAUAAAUAAAGUAUAUUAAACUAUGAAACCAUUGCCGUCGAAAUUUGACAUAAUCAUGUUAUAUUCAAUGCCAGUUGAAACUGGCCAUGCUCCUAAAUAUUUUACUAGAUAUUUUCUUGGCCAAACUAUGACGAUAACAGCGUUGAAUAUAAUGCGAGCGUAUAAUUAUAAUAAUGAUUGUAAAUACAUUAUAUUGUAAAUGUAACUGUAACUAUGUAUAUAUCAUCUUCAUUAAAAUACGGUUGCAAA